AUGAGUGUGGAAGCCAAAUACCGUGCGGCUUCCCUGUAUGUUGGUGACCUCCAUGAAGACGUCACGGAGGACAUGCUGUUCAUGAAGUUUAACACAGUGGGGCCAGUGUUGUCCAUCCGAAUCUGCAGGGACCUGGUUUCCAGUCGCUCGCUAGGCUAUGCCUACGUCAAUUUUCUCCAGCUGGAUGAUGCCCAGAAAGCCCUAGACACCAUGAACUUUGACUUAAUCAAAGGCAAAUCCAUCCGUCUCAUGUGGUCCCAACGGGAUGCGUACCUGAGGAAGUCGGGAAUUGGGAAUGUGUUUAUCAAGAAUCUGGACAAAUCCAUUGAUAACAAAACCUUGUACGAACACUUUUCACCUUUCGGGAAGAUCCUGUCCUCCAAGGUGAUGAGCGAUGACAAAGGGUCCAAGGGCUAUGGCUUCGUGCACUACCAGGACCAGAGUGCAGCAGACAGGGCCAUUGAGGAGAUGAAUGGGAAGCUGCUGAAGGACUGCACCAUAUUUGUGGCCAGAUUCAAGAGCCGCAAGGAUCGGGAGGCUGAGCUCAGAGAGAAACCCAGCGAAUUCACUAACGUGUACAUAAAAAACUUUGGGGAUGAUAUGGACGAUGAAAGGCUCAGGGAAAUUUUCAGCAAAUACGGCCAAACGCUGAGUGUUAAGGUGAUGAAAGAUGCCACUGGGAAGUCCAAAGGCUUUGGGUUUGUGAGUUUUGAUAGCCACGAGGCUGCGAAAACUGCAGUCGAAGAGAUGAAUGGACAGGACAUAAACGGGCAGACCAUUUUUGCAGGCAGAGCCCAGAACAAGGUAGAACGCCAAGCUGAGUUAAAGGAAAAGUUUGAGCAGAUGAAAAGGGAAAGAAUCCGUGCACGUCAAGCGGCGAAGCUCUACAUUAAGAAUCUGGAUGAAACCAUCGAUGACGAGACACUGCGCAGGGAAUUUUCUUCCUUUGGGUCCAUUUGCCGAGUUAAGGUGAUGCAGGAAGCAGGGCAGAGCAAAGGGUUUGGCUUGAUCUGCUUUUUCUCUCCCGAUGCAGCUGCUAAAGCAAUGGCUGAGAUGAAUGGCCGCAUCCUUGGUUCUAAACCCCUCAACAUUGCACUGGGUCAGAAGCACUGA